AUGGCGGGGUGUUUGGUUGGUUAUGAAAACUGGACCGUCAAAAAAAUCCCAAUGCGCAACAUUGCGGAAGAAGCUGCAGAUGUUUGGACCAAACCAUCAGCCAAAAUCACCGAUCUGGUCGAGCAAUUCAAGAAAGAGUCGGCGUUUUAUGUGGAAAAAAUGAACCAUUGGUACUGUAGCGCCAGUUAUGACGAAGGUGAAGCAUUCAAAAGUAGACAAAUUGCAAAGAUUGCGAGAAUUUACAGUGAAAUGCAUCCUGAAUCUAAUUCCUCUCAUGUUCAUGCAUACAAAAAGCCCUUGGAAAGUUAUCGUUUUUUGGUACAUACAUAG